AUGGAUGAUAGUGUAACUUUUAUUUUGCUGUCACUACGGUAUAUAUCGUGGGUUUACUUGGGAAACCAACAUGCACAGUUCUGUACUAGUGGAGAUGUUAAAGAUACCUUUGCCAGAGCAAGAUAUGGACAGUACAGGAUUUUAAAAAUAGCUAUUGAAAAUGAGCAGCUUGUAGUGGGAUCCUCCAGGCAGCCUGCUGAAUCAUGGGAAAAGGAUUAUGAUUCCUUUAUUCUUCCCCUUCUUGAAGACAAACAACCAUGUUAUAUAUUAUACAGAUUAGAUUCUCAGAAUGCUCAGGGAUAUGAAUGGAUCUUUAUUGCGUGGUCACCAGAUCAUUCUCAUGUUCGUCAAAAAAUGUUGUAUGCAGCAACACGGGCAACACUAAAGAAAGAAUUUGGAGGUGGUCACAUUAAAGAUGAAGUAUUUGGAACAACAAAGGAUGAUGUUUCAUUGAAUGGAUACAAAAAAUACUUGAUAUCACAGUCCUCACCUGCCCCUCUGACUACAGCAGAAGAGGAACUUCGACAAAUUAAGAUUAAUGAGGUGCAAGUGGAAGUUGGUGUGGAUACGAAGCAUCAGACACUACAGGGGGUAGCAUUCCCUUUGACCAAGGAAGCUAUCCAGGCUUUGGAAAAACUGAAAAAUAAACAACUCAACUAUGUGCAACUGGAAAUUGAUAUACAAAAUGAAACUAUUGUUUUGGCCAACACACUCCAUACUGAACUUAAAGAUUUGCCAAACAGGAUUCCAAAGGAUUCAGCACGCUAUCAUUUUUUCCUUUAUAAACAUUCCCAUGAAGGAGAUUACUUGGAAUCCAUAGUGUUUAUCUACUCUAUGCCUGGGUAUACGUGCAGUAUUCGAGAACGGAUGCUAUACUCUAGUUGCAAGAACCCACUGUUAGAAAUCGUAGAAAGACAACUGUGGAUGCAGAUAAUUAGAAAGAUUGAAAUAGAUAAUGGUGAUGAGUUAACUCCUGACUUCCUUUAUGAAGAAGUUCAUCCAAAACAUCAUGCACACAAACAAAACUUUGCUAAGCCAAAAGGUCCUGCAGGAAAAAGGGGAAUCCGAAGACUAAUUAGGGGUCCUGCAGAGACUGAAACACCUACUGAUUAAAAUGGUGGUAAUGACAAUAAGAGAUGAAAAAUUCCAAUCAUUUUACACUGAUAUGCUAGAAAUAAGCCUUCUUUUUCCACAGCACUUAUCUUGCUCUGAUAUUUUAGAAUUUAUAUUGUCCACAUACUGUGGAAGAGUUGUUAAUCAGUUCAAAACUAGGAAAAAAAAUGUUGUUAAUUAAUUAAUUGCUAUACACUUUGUCAACUUCUCCUGAUUUCUGUACUGUAUAUUGAUUCCCUGUAAUCUGCAGUCAUUUCUUACUAUUGGGUUAAAUGCCACUGUGGGGCUAGAUUUGCAAACAUUUACUCUCAGUAGUUGCCUGUUGAAACCAGUGAGACUACUUAUAUUAGUAAAGAUUUGCAGGAGUGGAUUCUGUGGUAGCGCUCCAAAUAAGACUUUUUUUUUUUUUUUUUUUGCUUGCAGUCAUCAUGAAGCAAAACAUUUCACUGUAUGUAAUGUCUAUCUCUGAAGGUUUUUCAAAAAGAGAUGAAUGAAACUAGUAUACCUGAUGCAAAUGUUCAGGAAUAGCUAGAAUAUUUUUCACAGAGAGAAUUUGCUGAUUGAAAAUAAUUUCUAGUUUUGUGGAACUGUCAUUUAAAGAAAUUGAAUGUAAAAAACACUAGAAUUGUUCAUACUUUUAUACUUAAACUGUUAAAUACUGUAUGAUCAGGUAACACACUACAAGUUUACACCAGUCGGUGCAUUUAGUCAAUUAUGAAGCUGCUGAAUAAUCACUAUACAAAGAUAUUUCUAAAUCAUGCUGUUAAACUAUCAUCUGUACACUCAGAUACAAAAUUGUUUAAUACUAAAUCACAAUACUAAAUCAGUUCUUAGGAGAAAACAAAUUGGUUACAAAUGGUUUCACAAAGCAUUUGUCAUUUCUACUGCCAUGUAAUGAAUUAAAGGUAUUAUUAUGGUAGUGAUUUUUUUCGUAGAAUGUUUGAAAUUUCAUAGCAGGAACAUUUACAAAACCUACUUUAAAAAAACAACUGGCAGAGCCUUAAUACUUUCAUAUUGGUCCUUUUACUGUUUCCUCCCUCUUCCCCUCCCCACCCCCCCAAAAAAAAUCAGCUACUGAACUAAGCCAAGAAGCAUUUACAGUUGCUUAAACUAGAGUGAUCUGUUCAAUAGGAAUAGCAAAAACACAUUUCAGAAUAAGUAGGUAAAAAUAAAGUAUCAGAAGUGAAUUACAGUAAAUUCUGGAUGACCUUAAAUAAUUAACACGUGCUUAAUUGCAACAAGUGAUCCAGUGAGCAAAAUAUAUUCUUAAUAAUGGCACUUGUUUUGUUUUUAAAAAGGGUUCUCAGGUCUUGACUCAUUUCAUAAUAUAUCGUAGGUGUUGGGCCUGUACACUGACAGAUGGCAACAUCAUAAUUAUGCUUACUUCAUGGGGAAUGUACUUUAAUCUCAUUUUCUGGGGAGAUAAUUCUUUGACACUAAUACUACCUGGGGUGAUUUUACUUUAGCUCCACCUAUUAUUUGCAAUAUUAACAAUGACAUGUUACCUAAUCUCUUGAGACUGCACUGAACAAUCUGAAGACUACAAUAGAGAUUUUCAAGUCUAUUUUAUACAGCAAUAACAUUUUACAUUUGUUAUAUUUUUUAAAAAUUGUAUAUAUUGUACUGUUCAAAAUAUUUCUCUGAUCUUCAGUUAAUCGCCUUCCUUGAUGCUUUGAUCUUCUUUUGUCUCUCUUGCAAGUGACUUUAUACCAAGAGGUGUAGUAAGAGGGUUUUUUCCUUCCAUCUGCACCUAUCAGACACUCAUGUUUUAGUUUAACCACAACGUAUCUGUACAGUAUGUAAAAUGAAUCACUAUAAAAUUACUAAGUGUUCAAUUAAAAUAAUUGAAUAAGGAGCUACUUCAUGUUCCCAACUCCAUUUUUAAAAAGUGUAAAGUUAGAGCCUUAUGAAGAAAAAGCAUUGCUACAAACAAAACUUUAGAAACACCCUUCAGUAGUGAAAAAGUUUUCUUACUGUUUGUCAGAAACUUUAUCAGCCUGUACUUGUGGCUCAAUUGACUUGUGCCUUUUUAAACUUUUACUUUUGAAGUGGGAAUAUUAAAGGCCUUAUAGUUUUAGUCUUAUUUUUUGAUAAUGAUCAAUACUAGUAGGAUAUAUGUAAAAAUUAUUACACUGCAGUUCUAACUGGGUGAGGGUUAGAAAUUUAAAUAUAAUUUUUAAAUUAAAAUAGUCAGACUAGCUGUAGUAAUCCAGGACUCAAUCAAAUAGAACAGAUCAUAUGAUCUGUUGAUCCUUGCAACUUUCUGAAAUCUGUAGCUUCAUUACUGUAGCCUACCCAGGGUCCUGCUACAAAAAGACAGAAAAACAUAAUUCUUCUUCAGUUUCGUCAAGGAAUUUUACAGCUUGUGAGAAUUAUCAAAAUAAAUGCUGCUUUGUACCACUUGAUACUCUCUAUAGGCCCUUUCUCUACCCGUUGAUCCCAUGUUGUAGGUCUGCAGGAAUUUGUUCAUAGCUUUUGUGACCAAUAUUACAAAUGCAUGCAAUAGCUGUGAGGACCAUUUUGCUUUAAGUGUAUGAGAGGUCUAUGCAAUACUUGGGCCAGAAAUUGUAUGCAGCUCUAAUGGGUGAGAGUUGUCACAGCUCUGCCAGGAAUUGAAAAUAGGGAGUUAAGGUGAAUCAUUGUUUGCAAACACCUCCAGAGAGGUACCACUCCUUGGGCGGCUUGGGUCACACUAGAAACCAACAGCCAAAAAAGUGCUUUUUGAAAUAAAAAGGAUGAUUUAAAACUGACUGUGGUCCCCAGAAAGGUAGGUGACUUCUGCUAAACUUUAGCACCUGCAUAGGAACUUGGCUUUUUAAAAUGUUUUACUGUGUAAUACUAUUAAGAAUAAAUGUGAUUGCUGAGAGAGACACUGGGUGGUAACUGGUAACAGCUAGCUAUAGGCUGUUCAUAGCCGCUGGACAGAAAAUAUAGCAGAGGCAUGGACCUUUAGACAAACUGACUUACUAGGAACAUCACAAUGUAAGCAAGGCAGCUAUGCAGGCUUAAACCCCUGGUCAGUAGGGAGAGAAAUGGAUGAUAUUAAAGAUCCAUGGAGGGAGAUAUGGAUUGACAUGAUCAUCCCUAUAUCAGGAGGCAAGGGCUUCUGGGUGGGGAGAGAACUGGCUUACCCACCUGCAGGGUGGGUAGGCUAGACUGUUGUCCCCAUUGCUUAAUCAGACAACUGCUUAUGAGCUCCUUGUCACAAUCACCUAAUGGGCUGUUCUGGUGCCCACCCAAAGCCAGAGCAUGUCAGACUGUAGCCUUUCAUGUCAACUGAUGGUAAGCAGGCAUUGUGUAGUCUGUCCAAUAUACAGCAACAUGCAAGGUGGGGUGUAACUGCACUUUCCUUCCACACACCAACCCAGAAAAACAAAGCUGCUUACAAUAUUGGAAUAGGAAGCUGCCAUAAACAGCAAUGGAGUAGAAUAGGGCCUUAUGCUACGCUUACUGAAAUAUUCACCAUAUUAUCUAAUCUGUCAUAUAUGGACACUAGACAAAGGCACCUACUAGCAUCUGGUUAAUACUUUGUAAGUCAAUGCUUAGAAGCAGCACACAAUUAGGGCAUUAAUAAAAGCCUGGACUGUUGUUCCUUGAAAUGUUACUGGUCAUUUGAUGGUUGAAUGAAUCUUUUUUAAAAUGUUGUUUGCCUUCAUAAAGCACAUGGGGAAAGAUGUAGCUGCUAGAACAAAUGACUGUCUGGACUAACUCCUCAAAUCCUCCCUCUCCCCUUUAGUAGAUUUGUUGCCAGAAAAACACAGAUGAGCAAGUGAUAAAUUACACUGCAAAAGCUUAUUUCAAAAGUAACAUGGGAAAAAUGAGAUUUUUACAUUCACUUGUGUUAGUUUGUAUAAUGAAUCAAGCUGUUAAUAUCAUUUGUGCUAUGUAGGCAUUGGAUUAAAUCUAAAAAUCAUUAAAAUACUGAUUAUGGAAACUUAUCUCCAGUAUAUAUGUAUUGAAUGUAACAUUUUCAAACAUUUCAGUUAAAUAAGCCUCUCUUUCCCGUAUUUUGUAAAUUUCAAUUUAUCAAUAAAGAUGAAGUUUUGGUUCA